ACAACAACAACACCCACUCCAACAACACCCACAACAACACCCCCUACAACAACACCCACUCCGACAACACCCACUACAAGACCCACUCCAACAACACCCACAACAACAACACCCACUACACCCACUACAACAACACCCACUACAAUAACACCCACUUCAACAACACGCACUACAACAACACCCACAACAACAACACCAACUACAACAACACCCCCA